AUGUAUGUACCUGCGAAGGCGUAUCCUACAUGGUUCCAAAACGAACUUAACAAGGGUUUUAUGUCGUUGUACAAUAUAAUCGAAUGUACCUUAUCGAAGGACAUUCGUAAAGAUCAUGAAAUAUAUGAAGGGGUUCUAGACUCUUUAUAUAAUAUUUCGUUUGACACAAAAAUGGACGCUGCUAUUUUCAGGUCAACGACAUUAGGUCUAAGAAACAAGGCCAAAGAAUUAGACAUCGCUAUAAGUGAUGACUGGAUUGCUCGUAAAAUUUUAAAGUCACUCAAAGGUCAAUAUGCCAGCAUCAAUUCUGAAAAUCUGAAAAGAUCUGGUUCUUACGAUCUGGAAAAACUUCUAUUCACCAUUCAGAAGAAAUCAUCUCAGAUUGCUGGAGUAACGUCUACACCUAAAGCUAAAGCCAACUCGAAUUGUCAAAUCUGCCAGACCUCUGUUCACACAGCAGUAAUAUGCCCAAAUAGAGUUCCUGAACUUGACUCAAAACCGACAUCAACAGUGAACAUAAAGAAGCCUGUCAAGAAGAAAUCUAAGUGGAAGGCAAACCAAAUUACAAUUAAUCUGACUGAUGAACUACUGACGCUUAGGCCUACUUUACAAAAACUCUCUCUAGAUGACGUACUAAUCCUAGAUUCUGGAGCUCAAUNNNGAUCAGUAAUCAAAAACACUGGUAUUUUACACGAUUUCUCCUCUAUUACCAAUUCUCAGUUGUUCGCAGCUGACGAUAGAAAGAUCGAUGUUUCAGGGGAAGGGAAAAUCAAAUUUAUGAAAGCCAAUAACAAAAUUACUCCCAUUCCGGUACUUUACUCCAAAGAUGUUGCUUGUAAUUUAAUCAGUUUAUUUAAUCUAGAACAAGCAGGAUUCACUGUUGAACUAUCAGAUAGAAAGUUGCUGGAUUCUGAUGAACAUCUCAUUACAAAAUUUGUGGACUAUGACAGAUAUGUCUGCAUCAAAAUAUCUGACUUACAACUUCCAACUCCUUCGAAGACAAUAGUAAAAGGAAAUAAAGUCUUAAAAGUAUCAACUACUGAUAAACCAUAUUCAAUGAGCCUACUCCAUCGAUUAUUCGGUCACAUUAACAUCAAAGAUAUUCGGAAAACUAUCAGUUCAGGUCUCAUAGGCAGUAUUCAAUCUCACAUGGUUGAUUGGACAGACAUUGACAAGUUUCAGUGUGCCGAUUGUAUGAAGGGUAAAGCACGAAAACAUCAACAUGUUGUCGGGUCAAGACUGAAAUAUCAAAAAGAGUACUCAAAAUUCCAAUAUCUUCAUUGUGACUUAUUUGGUCCAGUUUCUGGUAUGCCGAUUAAUACAGCUAAAUAUUUCAUUACAUUUACUGAUGAGAACACUCGGUAUCGUUGGUAA